AUGGUGUUGAGUGGAUUCGCGAGACGACCCUAGGGAAACUAUGCUCAAAAUUUCUUUGAAUUGCUAUAAUCAUCUGGCUAGAAUGUACAGCUGAUUUUGUGCAUGAGAUUGGAAAAUUAAUUUGGUACUGACUGUUUUGUUGCUGACGAUGUUGGAUAAACGCCGCUUUCAUUACCAAUCAUCUUGAGUGUUGAUAAUAGAGAAAUAAAUAGUGUAUAGUGUCUACAUUUUAAGCGGCUAAAUAUAGCGAUCUAAAAGUGCAUUUCCUAAAAUUCUUGAAAAGAAACGGUGUUUGGAAGUAGUGACUAUGUAAAAAUAUUUUCCUCGAUUUUUGAAAGAAAAAAAUAGAAUGCAUAAUUAAUUAUGUAAUUGCCUUACACAAAUUUCACCAAUUGUAACACAGCCCAACUGAGCCGGGCAUAAUUCGGAUCCACAAACAUUCUAGGAAGUACUGGAGUUUAGACCCAGAAGAAAAUAAAAAUAAUUCAAUCUAGUCAUAUCUAGCAAACAUCGUGCCUCGCGAGACAAGACGGUCUACACUAGUACUAGUAAUAUUUACAUGCAGACGGUAACUGUGGAACUGUUCAUUCCACGGCACGGGUCGCAUGUCCACAAUCGCAGUACAUAGGAGCAAAAACCGCAAAAACAGUAUCAAUACAGCGCGCUCGGUCAGUGUUGGUGCCUUUCUGCGAGAAAAAGGGGGUGCACAUGGUAUAGUAGUGGUAUUAUCAAGAGAAGUAAAACUAGUUAAACCCAGUCUGGUGCAAUGGCGUUUCUCACGGUGCGACUGGUUGUUACGGCUGCGGUAAAAAGUGCCAACCAGAAUAUUGCGGGCAAUAUUAAAAAGUUUAUGCUGACAUCGUUGGAUCAGCAGAUUGGGCCAGUCGCAAGGUUCAGUGCCCUGGCCAGUUCACCGAAAUAUGACGCUCCGCAGAACCAGAUUCUAAGUGCUACUCUCCGUUCCAAUCAACAUGUCAACAUGGUGGUCCCGAAUCGAGACCUCACUGUUCAAGAAAUCUCCCGCAGUCUACAGAUAUACUCCAAAGAGCGAAGAGAUGUCGAAAAGGAUCCGAAAACGCUUCAAUUGAAAUCUGGGUUCGAAAAACCAACUGUUCUAAUAUUUGCCUGGCUGAACGCCAAACAUAAGCAUUUGGUCAAAUAUGCCAAUUUGUACACAGACCAAGGAUUCGAGGUUGUUGUGACGCAGCUCACCCCAUGGCAGUUGCUUUGGCCUGUGAAAGGCUCUCAGCUGGUAGCAGCCGAUAUCGUCAAAUUUUUGAAGAAUAACGAAUUCAGAAAUGGUGUCAUUUUUCACGGAUUCUCAGUAGGAGGUUACCUGUGGGGUGAAUGUAUGGUUCACAUCGCUCGAGAUCUUCAAAACUACCAAAUUGUGCUGGAUCGUGUGAGGGGCCAAAUCUGGGAUAGCGCUGCUGACAUUACGGAGAUUCCUGAAGGGGUACCGAGAGCUCUGUUCCCAAGGAACCCAACGCUUCGCGCUGCAUUGCGAAAAUAUAUGAUUUACCACAUGAAGGCAUUUCAUGAACCAGCCACAUCACACUACAUCCGCUCCAGUCAGAUGUUCCACACAAACAUGCUAAGAUGUCCAGCUCUUUUCCUAGUGUCGAAAACAGACCCCGUGGGAACGGUGGAAGCGAACACCCGGGUCAAGGACAGCUGGGAGAGUAAUGGAGUUAAGUGUACCUUUAAAUGCUGGGACCGUUCGCCUCAUGUGGGCCAUUUCCGCAAACACACCGAAGAAUACACCGAAAUUCUGUUUUCACAUAUUCGUCAGUUGGAUAUGGGAGGACACAAACAGGCACUGCGAGCGAAGCUAUAAUAGAUGGUAAACAUGUUCUGUGAUACUUAAACACAAUGCUAAAGGCAAAAAAUCGAAUUAGUUCUGAAAUCACAUAGCUGGCAAUUGAUAUCUUUCAUGAACGUACAUGUUUUAAAUAGUUCGUAAAAUACCCCGUCAUUUUCAAUUUGAUAAGUUGCUACAUACACCACAUACCCAAUAAUCAAUCUACAUUACCAAUCUAUAGCGGUUCACAACCACCGUCAGGUUUAUUAGGGAAAGUUUAUAAACCAUUCGACAAAAAAACUAAUUCGGACACUUUGUACAAAUUACUUGGAUAUUAAAUAAAUAUUGGACAAUUGUAGUUUUAA